AGAUUCAAUGGCAAAAACAGUCGAGGCAGCAUCCAUCCCUGGUCAAAAUUCAGCCCUGCACGAAAGACUCACAAAGCGGUUCCUUAAACAUUUCCUUUUGGUGGUAAAAUGGAGUAAAAAAGCAAGGGGCUUCCUUGUUAAAAUCAAAUCGCAAACUAGACACACACACGCGAAUAAUUUACCGUUUGAAAGAGGCAAAAUUGCAAAAUCAGCAUUUUUCACGUGCACCAAAACUUAUUUCAUAUAAUUCGACAAAAUAAAGCGCAGAGCAAAUAGCGAAAUGUCUGAACUCGAUUGGGACGAUCCAAACUAUGUAGAUGCCCCUGUGAAGCUUCAGGAGUACUCCAAGAUGAACGAGAAGUACGAUCGGAGCAUCCGACGCGACGAUUAUUCACGUGGGUACGGAGGUGAAAGAAAGCGAGAUGAUUAUCGUAGUAAUCGCGACGAAUACGGCGGAGGAAGGCGGGAGAGCCGGAAUAAUCGUGAUGAUUACGGCGGAGGAAGACGGGAAAGCCGUAAUAAUCGUGAUGAUUACGGCGGAGGGCGACGUGACAAUCGCGAUGAUCAAGGCGGAGAAGGAGCUUUUAGCGAAUCCUUGAGCAUCGCCUCCGAAAUGGUGGGAAAAAUAAUUGGAAGAGCCGGAGCAAAUAUAUCGAGGAUUCAGACGGAUUUCAAUGUCCGUGUAAAAGUAGACCGAUGUGAUUUGGUUGUAAAAAUAUCCGGAAGUAUUCAGAGCAACGUCACAGACGCCAUCAAUUUCGUUCGCAAACAAGUCGGCAGUGAUUCGGGCGAUAAUAGAAGGGAUCGUAAUCAAGACAGCAGGGACUACGGCUCCCGUAAAGAAAGUAGAGGAGAUGGAGGAAACGGAGGAGGUGGCUAUGGUAGAUCUAAGGGGAGCAGCUACGACUUCGAUCCCCUUGUUGAUAGGCCCAACCAACAAAGUGGAGACCUCACCGGACUCAUCGAUUGGGCAGCUCUGCACAAGGAAUCGGAGGCAGCUACUGCGGCUCGCUGGGCCAAGUGUCCACCACUGACAAAGAACUUCUACAAGGAGGCGCCCGAGGUGGCCAAUCUUUCCGAAUCUGAGAUCGAACGUAUUCGCGCGGAUAACAACAACAUUACGGUCUCGCACGUUUUUGAGCCAAAAGAGGGUGAAACGCCGGUUCCCAUUCCCAAUCCAAUCUGGACUUUCGAGCAGUGCUUUGCCGAAUACCCAGAUCUGCUGGGCGAAAUCUCCAAACAGGGCUUUCCGAAGCCCUCGCCCAUUCAAUCGCAGGCUUGGCCCAUUCUCCUCAAAGGACACGACAUGAUCGGCAUCGCCCAAACGGGCACAGGGAAAACCCUGGCCUUCUUGCUGCCCGGAAUGAUACACACGGAGUACCAGAGCGUGCCCAGAGGUCAGAGGGGUGGAGCCAACGUUCUGGUACUGGCGCCCACUCGAGAGUUGGCCCUGCAAAUAGAAAUGGAGGUGAACAAGUACUCCUUCCGCGACAUGAAAGCAGUUUGUGUAUAUGGCGGUGGCGAUCGUCGCAUGCAAAUCUCGGACUUGGAGCGAGGUGCAGAGAUCAUCAUCUGCACUCCGGGUCGUCUCAACGAUUUGGUUCAAGCCAACGUCAUUGAUGUGAGCACCAUCACUUAUCUGGUGCUCGAUGAAGCCGAUCGCAUGCUGGACAUGGGCUUUGAGCCGCAGAUCCGCAAGGUGAUGCUGGACAUCCGUCCGGAUCGCCAGACCAUUAUGACUUCGGCCACCUGGCCACCGGGAGUUCGUCGCUUGGCUCAGAGCUACAUGAAGAAUCCCAUUCAGGUGUGUGUCGGGUCUCUCGAUCUGGCAGCCACACAUUCGGUGAAGCAAGUUAUUGAGCUGCUGGAGGACGACAAGGAGAAGUUUAAGAGAAUCAAGUCCUUCGUCAAAAACAUGAGCGAGACGGACAAGAUCAUUAUUUUCUGUGGACGCAAGGCACGCGCCGAUGAUUUGUCCAGUGAUCUCACCCUAGACGGUUUUAUGACCCAGUGCAUUCAUGGCAAUCGCGACCAAAGCGAUCGUGAGCAGGCUAUAGCUGAUAUUAAAUCUGGUGCGGUGCGCAUUCUGGUCGCCACCGAUGUGGCAUCACGUGGUCUCGACAUCGAGGACAUAUCUCAUGUCAUCAACUACGAUUUUCCGCGCAAUAUCGAGGAGUAUGUUCACCGUGUGGGUCGCACAGGUCGUGCUGGUAGAAAGGGCACCUCUAUUAGCUUCAUUACCCGCGAGGAUUGGGGCAUGGCCAAGGAGCUGAUUGAUAUCCUGCAGGAGGCGGAUCAGGAGGUGCCCGAAGAACUUCACAACAUGGCCAGGCGUUUUAAUGCCAUGAAAGAGAGACGCGCUGCUGAAGGCGUAGCUUUUGGAGGAGGAGGUGGUCGCUUUGGUGGUGGAGGACGCGGUGGAGGAGGCAGACGCGGCGGUGGAGGUCGCGAUUUCGACUCAUUUUACUAAUAAUUGAAAACCCAUGUAGGUGUUUUAUAGUUUUAAGAGACCACAGCACAUUGGAGUGCCUUGAAAUUUUGUUUAACAAAACGUUUAACGAUUCUACCCAAAGAGAGAUUCCAAACGAAAAUAAACCCAAAUUGGGAAAUUAGAAGAAUUGGAAAUCUA